ACAGUGAUUCAAAUAAAUUAAAAAAAAAGAAAAAGAAAAGAAAAGAAAAAUUGCAGACUCUAGAAAGAGAGAAGUGAGAACACCUUUGAUGUUUGCUCAUUUCACACCGCAGGGAACCAACUCCCUAACCGAAGCCUUCCUCUCCAAUCUUAACCUUAAAAUAUCAAAAUCAUAAAUCAAAAUAAAGAUCCUUCUAAUGUCCAGAAAACAUUUGAACUAAAAGGGUUUCGGAAAAAGAAAAUCUUUCCGAUCUGGAAAGAAGAAAAACCCUAGUUUUUGCACUCCACUGCCAAACAAAUAAAGAAAGGUAAAAAGAAAGGGGGCAAAAUGGCGCUUUCCGAGGAAGAGUGCUCAACGGCGAAGGCAUCUUCCUCUUCACCGGCAUCGUCGUCAGCGACUGUUUCUUCGCAAGGCGUUAACUACCUAGCCAAGUGUGUACUUAGAGGAAGUGCUAUCCUUCAGGUCGCUUACGGUCACCUCCGUUCUCCUUCUUCCCUGGACGUCGUUUUCGGCAAGGAGACGUCCAUAGAGUUGGUAAUAAUUGGUGAAGAUGGUAUUGCGACAUCUGUCUGUGAGCAGACUGUCUUUGGUACGAUAAAGGAUCUUGCCAUUCUACCUUGGAAUGAGAAGGUCUAUGGACAAAAUACACAGAUGCCUGGGAAAGACCUGUUGGUCAUUAUUUCUGAUUCUGGAAAGUUAUCUUUUCUCACAUUUUGCAAUGAGAUGCACAGGUUUUUUCCCGUCGACCAUAUUCAGCUUUCAGAUCCUGGAAAUGCAAGGGAUCAAAUUGGAAGAUUGCUAGCUGUUGAUUCAGCUGGCCGUUUCAUUGCUACUAGUGCUUAUGAAGACCGAUUAGCCUUUUUUUCCCUUUCAAUGUCUGGAGAUGAUAUUGUUGACAAGAAAAUAUUUUAUCCACCUGAGAAUGAAGGCAGUGGUAGUUCUACUAGAAAUGCUCAAAGAACUAGUAUACGUGGUACAAUAUGGAGCAUGUGCUUUGUUUCAAAAGAUCCUAUCCAAACAAAUAAGGAGCAUAAUCCUGUUUUAGCCAUUGUUUUAAAUAGGAAAGGUAAUACCCUGAAUGAACUGGUAUUGUUGGGAUGGAAUCUAUCAGAGCAUGCAGUUGACAUCCUUUCACAGUAUCUUGAAGCUGGACCACUAGCACAUAGCAUUGUUGAAGUUCCUCAUUCCUGUGGAUAUGCGUUGCUGUUUAGGGUUGGUGAUGCUCUCUUGAUGGAUCUUAGAGAUGCACGUAAUCCACACUGUGUGUAUAGAACAACCUUAGAUUUUUCAGUCCAUACACCAGAGGAACAUAUUUGUGUUGAAGAGUUAUGUACAGCACAUGAAUUUGAUGAUGAUGGGUUAUUUAAUGUUGCUGCAUGUGCUUUACUGCAGCUGAGUGAUUAUGAUCCAAUGUGUAUAGAUGGUGAAAGUGGAAGUGGAAAAACAACCUGCAAACAUGUUUGCUCAUUUAGUUGGGAACCGAAAAGCGAUAGAAGUCCGAGGAUGAUCUUUUGUCUUGAUACUGGAGAAUUUUACAUGAUCGAUGUUUCCUUUGAUUCUGAUGGCCCUAAGGUGAAUAUAUCUGAUUGCCUCUACAGAAGUCAACCUUGCAAGUCCCUUUCGUGGGUCGAUGGUGGGUUCCUGGUGGCAAUUGUAGAGAUGGGGGAUGGUCUGGUCCUUAAGGUUGAAAAUGAGAAGCUAAUAUACAAAAGUCCUGUUCAAAAUAUAGCUCCCAUCUUGGACAUGUCAAUAGUGAAUUACCAUGGGGAGAAACAUGAUAAAAUGUUUGCAUGCUGUGGUGUUGCACCUGAGGGAUCAUUAAGAAUCAUACGAAGUGGAAUUAGUGUAGAAAAGCUUCUAAGAACUGCCCCUAUUUACCAAGGAAUAAGUGGAACCUGGACAGUUCAGAUGAAAGUUACGAACUCUUAUCAUUCUUUUCUUGUGCUAUCAUUUGUUGAGGAGACCAGGGUACUAUCAGUUGGAUUAAGCUUUACUGAUGUUACUGAGUCCGUUGGUUUCCAACCUGAUGUCUGUACUUUGGCAUGUGGUCUUGUUGCUGAUGGCCAGCUCGUCCAAAUUCACCAAAAUGCAGUUAGGCUUUGUUUGCCUACUAAGGCUGCCCAUUCUGAAGGUAUCAUUAUGUCUUCUCCCGUCUGCACAACUUGGUCCCCAGAUAAUAUGAGUAUCAGUUUGGGGGCAGUUGGCCAAAGUUUGAUAGUUGUCUCCACUUCUAAUCCAUAUUUCCUUUUUAUUCUUGGGGUCAGAUCGCUAUCAGCAUAUAAUUACGAAAUAUAUGAAUUGCAGCAUGUGAGAUUGCAGUAUGAGUUAUCGUGCAUAUCAAUACCUCAAAAGCAUUUGGAGAUGAGGCAUUUAAGCUCUAAUGUAAACCUGGUGGAUGUUGGUGGAGCUGUUCCUCCUGUCGGAGUUGGCAUGGGUAUUACCUUUGUUAUUGGUACCCAUAAGCCUUCUGUGGAAAUUCUAUCUUUUGUACCUGAAGGUCUAAGAGUUCUUGGUGCUGGAACAAUUUCACUAACGACUACUAUUGAAACUGCUAUUAGUGGUUGCAUUCCUCAAGACGUAAGGCUAGUGCUUGUUGAUCAGUUCUAUGUUCUGGCAGGAUUGAGGAAUGGAAUGCUGCUUCGGUUUGAGUGGCCUUCUGCCUUCGCUCCUUCAUCGGAACUAUGCCUACGUAGUUCUAUUCCUUUUCCUGGGAAGGUUGAGAAUUUUUUAUUGAAUACAAAAUUAAAUUCGUUUGGAUCAGAAACAUGUUCUGUUAAUAUGGGUGAGAAAGAUGGCCUUCCUGUUACACUUCAAUUGAUCGCGACUCGUAGAAUUGGCAUUACUCCAGUUUUCCUUGUUCCUUUGAGUGAUUCACUUGAUGCAGAUAUUAUAGCUCUCAGUGACAGGCCUUGGUUAUUGCAUACAGCUAGGCAUAGCCUUUCUUAUACAUCUAUAUCAUUUCAACCUUCCACGCAUGCAACUCCUGUGUGUUCUGUUGAAUGCCCUAAAGGAAUUUUAUUUGUCGCAGAAAACAGUUUACAUUUGGUGGAGAUGGUGCACAGUAAGAGACUUAAUGUGCAGAAGUUUCAUCUUGAAGGCACUCCACGGAAGGUCCUGUAUCAUAGUGAAAGUAAGCUUUUAAUUGUGAUGAGGACUGAGCCAAAUAGUGACACAUGUUCUGAAAUUUGUGCUUUGGACCCCCUCAGUGGGUCUGUGAUGGCAUCUUUCAAACUCGGACCUGGAGAAACUGGAAAAUGCAUGGAACUAGUUAGGGCUGGAAAUGAACAGGUUCUAGUAGUUGGAACUAGCCUGUCUUCUGGUCCAGCCAUAAUGCCCAGUGGUGAAGCUGAAAGCACCAAGGGCCGUCUAAUUGUCCUCUGCAUUGAACAUGUACAACAUUCAGAUAGUGGGUCGAUGACGUUCUCUUCAAUGGCCGGGUCAUCUUCUCAACGAAACUCACCAUUUCGUGAAAUUGUUGGUCAUGCCACUGAACAACUAUCAAGCAGUAGUAUCUGCAGUAGCCCAGAUGAUACUAGUUGUGAUGGAGUAAAACUGGAAGAAACUGAAGCAUGGCAGUUCCGGCCGGCUUACACAACCACUUGGCCUGGAAUGGUACUUGCUAUAUGUCCAUAUCUAGGCCGUUACUUCUUGGCCUCUGCUGGUAAUGCUUUCUAUGUAUGUGCUUUUCCCAAUGAUAAUCCUCAAAGGGUGAGAAGAUUUGCAAUAGCGAGGACGCGGUUUAUGAUAACAUCAUUGACGGCAUAUUUUACUAGAAUUGCUGUAGGCGAUUGUCGUGAUGGUAUUCUUUUCUAUUCAUAUAAUGAGGACUCCAAGAAACUGGAUCAGACAUAUUGUGACCCAUCUCAAAGGUUAGUUGCUGAUUGUGUUCUUACUGAUGCUGAUACCGCCAUUGUUUCAGAUCGAAAGGGCAGCAUUGCUGUCUUGUCUUGUUCAGAUCGUCUUGAAGAUAAUGCAAGCCCUGAACGCAACUUGACGCAGACUUGUGCAUACUAUAUGGGUGAGAUUGCCAUGAGCAUCAAGAAGGGUUCAUUUAUUUACAAACUUCCAGCUGAUGAUAUGUUAAACAGCUGUGAGGCUCUGAAUGCAAGUCUUGACCCUUCACAUAGUGCUAUAAUGGCCAGCACACUCCUGGGAAGCAUAAUGAUCUUCAUACCUAUAUCAAGGGAGGAAUACGAACUGUUGGAAGCCGUCCAAGCUAGACUCAUUCUUCAUCCAUUGACUGCUCCUGUAUUAGGCAAUGAUCAUAACGAAUAUCGUAGUCGUGAAAACCCGGCUGGCGUCCCCAAGAUACUUGACGGUGACAUGCUAUCUCAAUUCUUGGAGCUUACAAGCAUGCAGCAAGAGGCUGUAUUGUCAUUUCCCAUUAUUUCUCCAGUUACUCAGAAGUUGAGUCCGAAACCACCACCUUCACCUAUCCCGGUCAGCAAGGUCGUGCAACUCCUUGAACGAGUCCAUUAUGCCUUGAAUUAAUAAUAACAAGAUGCUAUUUGAGACAGCGUUGAUGAAGGAGAGAUCAAUAACAGUAACAAAUAUGGCUUGUGAUCAUAGUUCUGACUCGAGAUAUCAAGGGAACAUCAAAAGUGGCAGUGUGAGGGCUGGGUACAAGAAGAUGACAACCACCGGCUGCAAUCAUGCACAUUUUGGUUUUAUAGUCCAUUACAGAAAUCGGAGGUUGGGUAACACAGCUGCAAGGCACAAGGAAUAAAUAGCUGAAGUAAAUGGGUAAAGUUGGUGCUAUGUUUUUCCCUUUGUAAGUAAUAACAUUGUAUAGUUGGUUCAAAUGGAAAAUGUAAGGCCUAAAAAGCAGCAAUUGAAUUGGGUUUUUUCUUCUGCAACAAAAUAUUACAUGUUUCUUGUUUAAUUUUUUUUUUUUUAAAAAAGCUCUCUAUUCAACCUCAAGAAAGAAGCGAAUGUCAUUUUUUCGUUUUUCUGUAAUGAUUUAGUUUGAUGGGUUCCAUGGCAUAAUGCCAGAAAUUAUUAUUUUUAAUGAUUUAAGUUGAUGGAUUUCAGAUAAAUUUAUUUUUA